UCAGAAAAGACUUCCCGGAUUACUCGACACAAGCUCAUAGACUAGUCCGUCCCAUCACUAGAGCUGUGUCUAGCAUGUUUAACAUCGUGACUAACGACGUUUGUAAAUGAUACACAUUUCACUAGUAAACAAUGCAGGAUACUGCUCGCAAAACAUACCAAAACAACCCAAAGGAGAUAUGUCUCAAGGAGAUGUGUUUUCGAGCUGUCAGGGAACAUUUUGCUGCUCUGGGCAUUGCUGCUGUUCUGGAUCUUCCAACACCUCUCAUAAAGGAUCUUAUUCCUUAUCUGACUGUAUGUCAGCUGGAUGAGGUCCAGCCUUCCCUUAACCAGAGAGGAAUAUCAACUCACUGUGGAUGGAUUGGAGUACUGCAGGAUAUGUGUGGACCCAACCAUGCCAUAGACUUCCACACAGAAGAAGAGGCCAAACAUGAAGUUAUGAGAACGCUCUUUACUCUCGUGUUCUAUGGCCUCACAAACCCCUUUGUAAAAAGAAAUAUCACAAAUUUGAACACCCCAUCCUUCCUGAAGGCUGCAGCUAAAUGCAUUAAACAUUUUUUCCUUACUAGGCCAGUUGAAAGUUUAACUGCGGAGCAGCGCCCUCUUCUGGACCUCUUAGAGAAAGGCAUCAGGAGCGUUGGAGUAUCACAGUACAUAGAUCUAUCAAACAGAAAGACACAAACUGCAUUGUAUGUCCUCCAUCGCCUGCUGGACCAUGGGGUGGCUAAAAAAGUUGUUGUACAUGUGCAGUGUCCCACGAUUCUGGCCUGGAUCCUACAUGGCAGGGGGUCUCAGUAUGUGAACCCUGUGCUGAAGAACCUGAUGCACAGCAAAACAGCAAGCUUUGUGUCACAAGUCACAUCAGCCAGUUCAGACGGGGCCAGUUGCAGUUUACACCUUGAGACCGGGGCUUCAGAAGAUCAGGAGGAUCAAGUCAUUCCCCGCAAACGUUCAAAGUGGGCUUCAAUAUUUGCUGAGGAGGCGGACUCUGGAAAAACAAACUUUAACGUGGAUCCGCAGGUUCUCUGUCAAACCUUUACUCCGUGUGAUGGUUCCCCGGUAAAGGCGUGUCAAUGGGGGCAGAUUGAGUCUUUGGAGAUCAGGCAGUGCAGGUCUGACUCCCUCAGAGUGCUCAACUCCGCCUUGCCCACAUUUUUCUGCCUUCGCUGUUUAACUCUUCACAGCUUUUCGACCCUCAGGGACUCAGACGUGUUGGCUCUAGCCAGAGCCCUGAAGCAGCUCUCAGAGAGCUCCCACAGCUCUCUCACUGCUCUGAGCAUCAGCGUCCUGCCGCACAGCAGUCUGGUGGAGAUCCUGCUAGACUCCAGUCCCAAUGUGACUUCCCUGCAUGUGGAGAUCCAGACUGUGAUGUGGGGACCACGCUUCAUACCACAUUAUCCCAGGACUGCUGAGUCAGACAUGUCAGCCGAGCUGCCCCUGGAGAAGCUGGUCCUCAAAGUAACGGAGCUCCAAACAGAUCUGAACUUCGUCACAUCUCUGCUGAGGCGUUCUCCACGUCUUGACUCACUUCAUGUAGCCGGGAUGAGAUUACCCACCGGAUCCUCCGAAGGCCAACUUCUCACCAUUCUCUCAGAGUCAAAUCACUUCUUGAGGAGUCUCAACUUGGAGGACAUGAAGCUGUGUGAUUCUCUCCCCAAGAUCCUAAAUCUACUGAGAGACUGCAAGUUGGAAGAGCUGCGAUUGAAUGACUGCCGCCUUCUUGAGAAGUCGAACGACAAGGAGGAGGUUUUGCAGCAGCUGGUGGCUGCUCUGAAGUCGGUGUCUUCUCUCCACACACUCAGCCUGGCUCAGAAUCGGCUAGCAAAGAAUGUGUGUGUUCUGGCAGAACUGUUCUCAGGAUCCUCACCAAGCUCAGUGAGACACCUCGACAUCAGCUCUAACUUCAUUAAGCCUGCUGAGCUGUUGGAGUUUGCUGAGAGAUUGAAGAGACAUCAUCCACCCCACCGAUUGACCCUUGACCUGAGGAAGAACCCGGGGGAUCGAGACCCCGACACGUGGAACGAUGCGCUGAGGAUGCUCGAUCCGUUCUGUGUUCUCCUGGUUGAAGGAUGGAAUUCCACUAACACAAUGGCAGACCACAUCAGCAAUAUGUAAACGAAGCUAGAGGACCAGCUACGGGUGUCACACAGAGUUGGAAUGAAAUGAGCCUGUGAAAACAUUAUGUACAUCUUGUAAUUUUCUCUCUUUUACAGUUGACAGUGGUCGGUUUGAAAUUCAGUUCAGAUAGUUGCAGAUUCCAGUGACACGUUUUCUCACAAGUUUUGUGGGUUUUCUGGAAGUUGUCAAACCACAGCUGCAGCAUUAGUCAUUUUUCCACUGUCCAUUGGAUGCAGUAUUGUUCUAAACAGUCAAAAUUUCACCACGUGUACAAGUUCCUACAGACAUUUUGUUUUUAUAUCAUAAUUACAAUUAUGAUACAACAUCUUAUUUUGCUUUGAUUAGUUGUGUGACAUUUCAUUAGUUCAACUUAUGUUGCAUUUAUUAAAUGUAACAUUUGAUUUGUUCUAAGGCAGUGAUUCCCAACCGGGGGGGCCCGACCCCGCAGGGGGGCGCCAAUGAUCCAUGGGGGGUCGCGACGCCCUCUUGUUUUUAAGGGGUGUAAUAAAUCGAAUGUGUUAAAUACAGAUGAGUCAGCAUUUAAUUCAUGAUUGGGACAAAAACAACUACCGUAGAUAAGGGCUACAUUUAACUUUUUUUUUUUUUUUUAAAUAGAAAAAUCACUAUAGAAAAGUUUAAAAAUAAAAGCUAUAUUGCGAGAAUAAGGACAUGUGUAACAUCCCUCCUGCAGUAUACACAGGUAACCUCACCAAGCGGUAACCUCACCUAGCGGCAACCUCACCUAGUGGUAACCUCACCUAGUGGCAACCUCACCUAGUGGCAACCUCACCUAGUGGCAACCUCACCUAACAACAGAAACACAGAGCUAAUGGAAAAAUGGCGAAGCAUCGGAGACGAAAAUGCUGAAUAUCUCAAAAAGAAAAAGAGAGGGCACCAUGAAAGUUACAUUGAGGUCGGCUUCAUAGAAGCAACGGACAAUGGGGGGGUCGCCAAAGUUUACAAUGGUAAAAAUGUGGGUCCCUCAAGAAAAAAUUUGGGAACCACUGUUCUAAGGUAUCAUAACAAUUGCACACCUGGAAAAUAAAGGCGCAUCCUCUUAGGUUGACAUUUGAAUCAUUUAUUAAACCAACGUCUGUUAC